AUGCAGUCCCUUGUGACCAAUACGAAAGAACCCAGUAACAGAUCUCCUGGGGGAUCUUCCAGCAAAGAUAGAAAUGCAUUCUUUGCACUGCGAAGUUGCCACCAGGUUCUCCGUGGCGACAGCGGUGAAUUCUUCUCUCCGGACUACCUGUGUUCCAACCCGCCCCUGUGGUGCAACUGGACCAUCCAGGUGCCUCCUGGGAAACGCGUGCACCUGCAGCUGGAGGACUUCACGCCGGCCGGCGCCUGCCACCUGAAGAAGGACCAGAUCCACCUGGACGAGUCCGUGGACGGGGGCCUGGGGCCCAUGUUCGGGCCCGCGGCCGACCACCGCAUCCUGGAGAAGUGCUGGAGGAAGGCGGAGUACACCUCGAUCUCCAGCACCGUGCACGUGGUGCUGCUCAUCUCCCGGACGCCCGACCCACCGCUCAGGGGGUUCUACGGACGGUUCCGGUCCCUCGGUGGGCUCCCCGGCGGCGGCGGUACCGAGGAGUCCCUAAAGAAGGACGCAGAGGACACCACAGAGAACAGCUCAGACUCUGGAGUUCACGAGAAGCAAGGGCAGUCUGACGUCCAGCACGACCACAGUGAAAUGAAACUGCCUCCUCUACCGAAUCCAAGAAGCGGCCCAGGGAAGACCUCUUCACCCUCUGUGGAGCCUCAGGUUAGUUAUUCUUCGGAUCAGAAUCAUCCCCCCGACACCGAAACAGCAGAUGAUGGUGGCCAUUUUGUUACCCCAGCCCCUUCAGCCAUGUCCAACGAGCUUCCAGAGCACCUGGAAGGUGAGGGGUUAGAGAAGGGGAGCGUCACCUGGAGAUCUGUUAGAGGCCACGUCGAAGAGGCGGCACUAGACAGAGGAGGAAGAGGAGGAGCAGGAGGUGGAGAGGAGGAGGAGGAGGAAGAAGAAGGAGAGGUAGAGGUCUCUCUCAAGCAUUCUCUGACUCCUAAUGGCAACUCUGUGAUGACGGGGAAGAAGAAGAAGAGCAACAACAACAACAAGACUGACCGUCCGCACGCCGACAGCCCCAGCACCGUCCUCCAGCCACCUCUUUCUGUCACUCCUCCACAUGUCCUACCAACAGCAGUGAUGGCUGCUACUUCAACACAAGGAGAAGUCGAUACCAAUAUCCCGAAGCCCAAAGUUCAAGCGGCAAAGAAAACCAAGGCCGAGGUUGAUUACAAAGAGAGAGCACUUUCACAUCAAACCCAAAGGAAUAUCACUCAUCAUUCACACUUACCCGGAGUGUUUCUUUAUGAGGUGUCGGUGGAGGUGUCCUUGAGUCAACAGGCAGGGGAGAGCUGGGACCAGCAGGUGACCACUCUGCUGACCACACUCAAGAACAUGAUGAAAGAUGAGCUAUCCAGCUACGCUCCAAAAACCAUAUCAUCCAAAAGAAUUAAAAGGUUGAGCUCGGGAGCACUUUUCCUCCUCUGGCUUCAUUUUGGGGAGGGGCAGGAUGGGGUGCAGUCGCACAGGGCUCUCCACGCCAUGGCGCAGGGGCUCAGGGGGCGCAGUCUGCUCCCUCAGGAGGGCGGCACGGACGGGGUCAUCGCCUACGUCAGCAUCGCAGAUGUGAAUGAGUGCGGCACCCAGCUGUCUCAGUGCGACGCCCACGCCGAGUGUGUGAACCGAUUUGGCACGUACACCUGCCGCUGUCGCCCCGGUUACCUGGACAAGUCGCGCACCAGCCCCGGGGGCACCAUCUGCGUCGACCCCGACGCCUCCGCUGCAGACUGCAGCUGGUCGACUCCCCCCGUCCUCCGGGGCAUCUACUGCGUCUGCUGCCUGCUCUGUCUCCUCGUCGUGCUGCUGCUCGGCGCCCUGGGCGUCAUGUACCGCCGUCGCCACCAGGGGGCCUUCCUGCUCCGCUGCCAGAGCCACAGCAACGGGAGCGGCCUGGCGACAGUUGCCGGCGGCGGCGGCAGCAGCAGCUGCGGCGACAACAACAACAACAAUCGCAACGACCACAGCAGCGGCAACGGUAGCGGCGGCGGCGGUGGCGGCGGCUGCCUGAAGAUGUCCGCCGUUCGUAACCGGCCGCUGCCCUCUGUGCCGCCCCCGCCCCCGACCCGGCGCCCGAAGGAGGGUACGGACGGCGGGGGGUCCCUGGAGCCCCCCCUGCUCAAGUUCGGCCCGCUGCCGCACUCGGACGGGUCGGAGUGCAGAGUGAAGCAGUGAUGAUUUCUUUCUUUCUUUCUUUUUUUUCUGGGUCAUCCCUCUUUCCCCUCUAACGACUGAACUGGACCUCUGUAGUUCCAUGUGCUCACACAGAUCCAUCAGUAGCUUGCGUGUGUUCUUUUGUAAUGUUUACUGUUACUCCUCGUGUCAUACGCUCAUAAAUGUCCAUUAUGUUAAUGUAUAUAUAUAAUUUUUUGUAUUUAUAUUGUAUAUAUAUUCUGCAUGUUUAAAACAAAUAUAUGUUUUGAUAUGGACAAAGGUGAAGAAGGGUUUUCUGAGUUGACUGCUGUUUUGUUGUUUGUUUUUGGUGAGGUUGUCGUUUUUUCUUUUUUUUUUUUUUUUGCCUGAGUGGGCAGUGUAGUUGUGUUGUGUUUUUUGAUGGUCUGUCCUAAUGAAAUAUGGAAAUGACAUCCAGUGUGGGUUUGAGUGACUGAAAUGAUCUCGGAUAAAAAGAAAAUAACAAAUAAAUGCAGUUGGCCAUUC